AUGCUCAAAAUUCAAGAGGAAAUCAAUGUUCAAAAACACCAGCUGUCAGUUGAUAAUGUACCAAGAUCUUCCAAAGCAUACGAUAGCGAUGAUAGCCGUGAAGGAACGAGUAGAGGCGGUGGAAAGACUUGUACCCAAUGUGAAUCAGCAGAAGCUCCCAUAGUUACAAAGCGUCGACAAGGCACUACCAAAUCCAAAGAGCAUGAUGAGAAAUUCAGAACGGCUCAGCCGAUAGUGAUAUCCAGAACUGGUGAAGAGAAUUCUCUUUGCAAAUCUAAUGUUUUGCGGUCGCGGCCUCGCCCUAUCUCUGUCGACUGUUCUGACCCAAGAGACACAUUGCCGAAACUACCCAACUCGACCUAUUCUCUUCAAGCGUACGAAUCUUCAUCAAUGCCUGUAUCAAUGCCUGUACAGUCUGUGCAAAAUCAUAAACGGCACUCAUCUCAUUCCUCUAAUGAAUACAUCGAUGUCUUAGAUGCGCAUGUCAAUUUGAAAGGUGGACGAGAGAAUUCCAGAAAUCGAGCGAUGACUGCUGGAGUAAGAAUUUAUGGGGAAGAUGUAGUAAAUCGAAAUUUGGCCAUAGUGGAAAAUUCUCAAGCAGAUCCUAGCAAUCUUCAAUAUAGCUAUUUGAGAUCGAGAUAUUGUGGCGUGGCUGAGACUGAAGUGUCUAAGCAUCUAGACCUCCGGAGUUCAUUCCUAAAAAUGACGACACAAAGACACCCCAAAAAGAUCCAUCCUACGUCCAAAGUGUAUCAGAAUCUCUUUUUUCCCUUACCGGAUCUCCACCAGAGACAAUAUUGGGUUCUGCAGAAUAUCCUUGUCCCACUAGCACCUGCCAUAGUAAAGAUGGCACGGCCUCUAAUAGUCAUGCGAGCUCGUCGUCGAGCAUUUGUUUCUACACAAUCGCAUCCAAUUUCUCCAGCAUCACAUCGUAAAGCAUCAAAUAUUAUCAAUUCGUCAAGUAGCAAUUUUCCAAUGAAGGAGACACUGCGAACCAAUUCGGUGCGGGAUCGAGACACUUCCCACUCAACCUCUACUACCACUUCGGCGAGGCACACCCACGAUUUGUCUUCAGAAAAUGGCGUCUCUGAUAAAGUCUCUGACAGAACUCCUCGAUCAAUGCCAUCUCCAUCAAAAUACGCUCCUUUUCCUACAGACAAAAAGGUAGAGACUAAAGGCAAUGGAGAUGACAUGCACGUCAAUGGUACCAAAUUCCCUAUUGAAAAUGGACAGAAGCAUGCGUCCUCGUCAAUGCCUGAUCAUUUUGGGAUGAAUGGCUCAUACCUUAUUGGAGAACGGCCGGAGCCCAUAGGCCUUGAAGGUGUGGUAGAUCUUAACAAUACUGUGGAUACUACUGUACACGAAAAGGUUGCACCCGCUGUUGUUCAUGAACAUAUUUUGCCGACUUCCCACGAAAUUAUAACGAAAGAAAUUCAUCGAGAAAUCCAUCAACAUCAUUGGUAUCACCGAGUUCUUCCAGUUAUCGAUACCGAGGUCUUACCAGCCAAACAUUACGUUUAUGGCGACGAUGGAGACACGCUGGUUAGAAUACCAGAGUCGAUGGUACGGGGUCAUACCAUCACAGGAACCUAUACUAAAAACUGGUCCAUUGUACAUCAUCAACCACAAACUCCAGCUGAAGAUCCCUUCGACUCUCCACUGUUCGGAGUCGAACCAGAAUUACCAAACACAAAAUACACAACACACUUUCAACCAGACUCGAAAGGUGGACUUCAGUGGUCUCAUAUACCCGGCGAGCCUGUGAAAGUCAUGGAACGAGAGUAUAUCACCGCAGAAGGUUUCCCCCGCAAGGAAACUUGGUGGAGGUAUCCACCUGUUAUGGCGACUGCUGCUCAGGAGGCCGGUCUAACAGUACCUAUGCAUUGGAGUCAUGUACCAGUUGGAAAAGAACACACUGUUCAAGAAACACCAGUAUCGACCUCCAAAAAGGAGAAGAAGAUUAAGGAACUUCGUGAUUUGGAACAUGCGCAAGCAGCUGAAUACAACAGCAUCGAUCACAUCGAUUCCAAUAUGCAAAAACUUCGCGAGCAAAAACUUUACGAUGGUCUUUCAGACUCGGAUUCGAAACAUGCCCGAGAGCUCAACGGUAUGCAAUCACGUUUAGUCCCAAGAAAACCAGUUGCAAGUCAACAAGCAUAUGAAAGACCACCAACUAGAGAUUCAGGGUAUGGUGGCUUGGAUGGCUCUCCUUCAUCUGCUGGAAGAGGCCCAUCGCAUUAUAGAGAUACCUCAGGCUCGAGUAUAUCAAGUGUUCUAGGUAGAGUACGAGGCGAGGACGGAAUAAAAUCUACUCCUGUAGAUGGAGAAGCUACCAAAUACUUACAAAGAAUGAGAGAAAAGAGACGAAGCUCAGGUGCUUCUUCAGGCACUACGUCUAGGUCUUGGGGUAGAAGAAGUGAGGAUUUUCAAAGAGGUCCCAAUUUUACCUUGCCCGAGAGGCCAAAAAAGCCCGAACAUCAUUUUGGUGCUCCGACGGCGUUAUGA